AUGGCUCAGCUGCCUGACUUGGUAGCUCACUUAAGGAGUGAGUCAUUUCACCACACAUAUCCCUGCGUGGGGGGUUUGGACCUCCUUGAAAAUGAUCUUAUGGAACAGAUGUCAUCAUCGGUAGAGCGCUCUGAGCAACCUGGUGGGACUGAGGAGAGCAACAGGUCAGAGAUGAGCGGAAACUCUGUAGGUGGUGUGACAGAAGGAGAUCAGAACCAACUGGAGGAAGUCUUUGGGUAUGUGACUAUUUUACAGUGGUGGAAAAAGUACCUAAUUGUCAUACUUGAGUAAAAGUAAAGAUACAUUAAUAGAAAAUGACUCAAGUGAAAGUCACCCAGUAGAAUACUACUUGAGUUAGUCUAAAAGUAUUUGGUUUUAAAUGUACUUAAGUACAGUGGUGGGGGAAAAAGUACUCAAUUGUCAAAGUAAAUACUAUACAUCAAAUUCCUUAUAUCAAGCAAACCAGACAGCAAUAUUUGCAUUUACUUAGACAGCCAGGGGCACGCUCCAACACUCAGACAUUUACAAACACAGUAUUUGUGUUUAGUGAGUCAGCCAGAUCAGAGGCGGAAGGGAUAACGUUUUAUAUUGAUGGAAGCGUGAAUUGGACUAUACUGCAGUCCUACCUGAGCAUUCGAAAUGUAACUAGUACUUUCGGGUGUCAGGGAAAAUGUAUAGGAGUAAAUGGUACAUAUUUUCUUUAGGAAUGUAGUUAAAGUACAGAUACCCCCCCCAAAAAAAUAUUUUUAAGUACUUUAAACCACUGCUAUUUUGUAAGUUUUCUUGUUCUUCAAACCAUGACUAUCCUGUGUAACUAAUAAAAUGCCUGCUAUUUGUCCUUAGUUCUGGUGUCAUAGCAACAACUCUCAUGUCUGUGGCCACUUUACAUACAUGGGGUCUUGGAGGCCAGGUGCAGCGAUCUGUGCCCAAGUUGUUUUCUGUUCCAGGGCAGGAUGACAGGGAGGCUACAGCCUCUCCAUUAUCACUCAAUGAGGAUGAUGACAACCAAGGGUGAGCGAGCAGGGCCUUUAAUUUAUUCUAGAUGUCUUUUGCAGGUUUUGUAUUCUAGAUUAAAAGUCCCUGUUUUGUUCCUGUAGGGUAGCAGAUUCCAAUAAAGAGCAAACUCAAGACUUCACUUUGAAGUCCAAGUACACUCAUGUUUGUAAGUUUCUCUCAAUUGUAUACUCUUUUCUGAUUAUUGAGCCCACAUAGUCUAAAUAUCUAGUAGUCUAAGUGCGUUGAGGAAGUGUAACGUUUGCCUCCUUUCUCCAGUUCCACUCUAUCAGUACUACUGCCUGCAGUCUGUAAAAGCUGACCGAAACAGGAUCAACAACAGUCUGUCUGAGCUGGUGACCGCCCAGUGUCUACCUGGCAUAGGGUCCCCACCUGUCUUCCGCGUCGCCAGUUAUGUGGUCACCUCUCCCCCACCACUGUCUCCUCUCACAGUGAACCCAUGCAGCUUUUGGCAGGACCUGUCUGAGGUGAAGGAGAGUGGCCUGCUUAACACACUCUCCCUCAGGGAGAUCCGUCUACAGGAGGUGGGUGGGUAGUACCAAGGAUGUUUUCUACUGAUGCUAUGUUUGGUAUUUGUCAUCCCAUACAAUAGCGAACAUCUCCGGUAUGAAUUAUGUCAUUGAAGUGUAGUGAGGAAUAUAAGUAAUCUAUGAAAAUAGCAGCUGGAAGGGGUAGAUGUCAUCUCUGUUUUUGCUCUGAAGGCUAUGUUUGAGGUGAUUGGUUCUGAGGCCUCCUACCUGAAAAGCCUGGGGGUAGCUGUGAAUCACUUCUUUGCAUCGAAGACACUGAAACAGACCCUCCAUCGCAUGGAGCACCACAUCCUGUUUUCCAACCUGCACAGUGUGAUGGAAGCCAGUGAGGGGUAAGGACCGCCAAUGGACUAGUCUUUACAGGACUGACCAGACUGGCAUAAAUAAUAAUUGUCACAUACACCAGAUAGGUGCAGUGAAAUGUGCUGUUUUAAUAGUAGUAAGGCACCCUUGGAGCAAAUUAGGGUUAAGUGCCUUGCUCAAGGGCACAUCGAUAGAUUUUUCAACUUGGGUAUUCCAACGCGACCUUUCAGUCACUGGCCCAACACUCUAACCGCCAGCCUACCUGCCGCCCUUGGGGUUUCUCUUUGGGUCACUGUUGUUGAAUGACAGUUUUGCUAAAAUGACAGGACUAAAAUCCUCCAUAGUCUCCAUUUUUGUUUAUUUGCCAUUUUAUACCAACUUGUGUGUUAUGAGGCUUUAGGCUAAGUGACUGCUCUGAUACCUGCAGGUUCCUGCUGGAUCUGAAGGUGCGUCUGGGGGAGAGUGUGGUGAUCUCUCAGGUUGGAGACAUUGUGCUGCGUCACUGCCUCAUGUUCCGAUCCCUCUACGUGCCAUAUGUGACCAACAUGAUGUACCAGGAGGCCCUCGUCACUCUACUGCUGUGGGUUUUUCUCUCUCAUUACGCUGCUCAGUUACUGUCUUGCCGUGGUGGAAAAAGUACUCACUUGUCAUACUUGAGUAAAAGUAAAGAUACAUUAAUAGAAAAUGACUCAAGUGAAAGUCACCCAGUAAAAUACUACUUGAGUAAAAUUAUUCGGUUUUAAAUAUACUUAAGUAUCAAAAGUAAAAGUAGAAAUCCAAACGACACGAUAUUCUAGUUUUUUAAAUGUAUUUACGGAUAGUCAAGGGCACACUCCAACACUCAGACAUAAUUUACAAAUGAAGCGUGUGUUUAGUGAAUCUGCCAGAUCAGAGGCAGUAGAGAUGACCAGGAUGUUCUCUUGAUCAGUUUGUGAAUUUGACCAUUUUCCUGCCCUGUUAAGCAUUCAAAAUGUAACUAGUACUUUUGGGUGUCAGGGAAAAUGUAUGGCGUAAAAAUCAUUUUCUUUAGGAAUGUAGUCAAGAAAAAAGUUGCCAAAAAACGACAAAAGUAUUUUUACUUAAGUACUUUACACCACUGUUGUCUUCAUUUUUACCUCUUGCUCUUUCCCCUAUUCCCAGGCAGGAGAACCGAGAGUUUCUGUUAGCAGUGAAGAAACUGGAGAGUGAUCCAAUAUGUCGGAGACAGACCCUGAAGUACUUCCUAGUCCUCCCCUUCCAGAGGAUCACACGUCUGAAGAUCAUCAUGGAGGUAGGCAGGCCUCAGAGACUGGAGUCUACAGGGGAUGAGCAGUAUCGGGUGGUGUCCCUGACUACUGCUAGGGUUCGGUAUACAGGAUUCCAUGCAACAGACUUCAUGCAUGUAGAGGUUAAUGCUGGGAGUUUCUAUGGUCAUUGCAGAGCAUCCUGAAGUUGACUGGGCAAGAAUCUGAAUCGAUCCCUUGUCUGAAAGAGGCCAUUGAAGCCAUACACAAGGUAAAGGUCACUACUUACACAAUGGAAUAAAGCUUCUGUUUUGGGCUCAGUUGUUGAAUGCUUAAACUACAACACUGUUCUUUUUAUCCUGUCCAAUGAGACCAGAUAGUGAUGGAGUGUGAUGGGGGGGUUCAGCGGAUGAAGCAGAUUGAAAAACUGGUGUACCUGGACAAGCACAUGGAUUUUGGCAAUGUUAAGGUUUGAUGUUAUUGCAGUCUCGUUAUUUCGGUGACAUUGUGUUACUACAUCAUUGUAUCCCUUCUGUUUACCAAGAUCUCAAUUAUGAAAAAUGUAUAAAUGCAGAUUGACAUGACAGCCUGCUUGUUCUCCCUGUUUAACCUAUAGGUGGCAGUGGUGCCUCAUGGGAAAACUCCAGCAUUGCGAUUCACCAUUUACCUGAUUUGUUUCUCUUUUCAGUCCAUUCCUCUGAUCACAAGUGUCCGCUUUCUGGUGCAUGAAGGCCCCUUGAGACAGCUCACUCCAGAGGGCUAUGUGCCGGGUUCCAGGAUUUCCUACAUGGACGUUUACCUGCACCUUUUCAAUGACCUGUUGAUCAUCUCAUUGAAAAAGUAUGCUUCCACAUCUUCAUACAUCUAUGAACAAUAUUUACAAGCACUACAUCCAAGCACUAUGCUUGUUAAAUACAAAGUACCUCUUUGUCAUGUGUUACUACUGUCACCCAACCUCCCUGCCGUCUUCUUUUCCAACCAUCAGAGAGAUGCGUUUCAGAGUGCUGGAUCAUGCAGUGUUCCCCACCCACGUGCACACUGAGCAGCUGAAAACGGAGGCCCUUGGUCUGCCUCUAGAGUCCUUCGUGCUGCGUCUCUCCCAGAACCACACUGGGCAUGCCACUGCUUUCAUACUCGCCCCACAUACCACUACCAGGUAAGAAUUAGGUUAUACAUUCCUUUGUCCCCUCACAUCUAAUUUACAAAAUGACUCCAUAUGCAUGCGUUUACAGGUCAGACAAAGAGGCCUGGAUGAAAGCUCUGUCCUCUCAGUGGGGACACGUAUGA